GCCGCUUUCGGGAGAAUUCUCCUUUCCUCGGUCUCCAUGUUGUUUCUGCUUGGUACGAUUUCAACUUUGAUCCGUGACGACACGAAUCGACGGCGAGACAGAGGAGCCGAACUUCAACCAGGGAUUCUUCACAAACUAGCGUGGGCUUUAUUUGUACCGGAUUGUCCUGUGAAGACAAACGGAAUGGCUCUGGAUCAAUUCAGUGAUGUGGUGCAGAGAUGUCAAGCCCUCCCAGCUGACAGCUACACCCCUGAAGAUCACAAACUCUUUAUGACUGCUGGUCGGUCAUGCAUCGAGGAGGGAAAUAGUGCUCAAGUACUCAGUAUUGUGUUGGAUGAUACAAAUCAGGACAUGGUGAGAUGUAUGGGGUGGAACCUGCUGGCUCCUCUGGUUCAGGUUCUAUUGCAGAAGGAAGACAAGAACCUUCCUCACUGUCUGGCCAUUUUCAAUCAUCUAAUAGAGACAUGCAGGCCUAAAGAGUUGCUGAUUGGCCUAUUGGAGCAGUUAGAGCAGGAGGAACCAGUUAUCAUAGCAGAGACCCUCCAUCUGCUAUUGAAGCCUUUGCAGAAAGUGUUGCUGCGUCUGGGCAGCCGUAAGGCGUCGUCUUUGGGCAUGGCCUUGUCCUCCGCCCUGGAGCAGUUGGCCAAACUGCCCAUCCCUCAGACCAAGGAGCAAGAGGAAAAUGACAUCUUCCUGCUUAGUCGUUGCUGCGCUGACUUGACUGACUUUGUCAAGCCCUUCAUCCAAGAGGCUAAACAAGAGCUCCGCAUCAGCGACUGCAAGCUGAGCGCAAGCUCUGAAGAGUCAACCAAACUUGACUGGGUGUUGCUGGGUCAAGAGGAACUGAGGACAGAACUUCUGAAAUUCUGUAUGAGUUCAUUGAAUCAUCCUCUUCUGGAGGUGCAACUCAAUGGUCCAGACACUCUGGCUUCUCCUUGUCCUCUGAGGGAUUUUGCCACAGAGAUUUUGAACAAUCUCAACGCUAUCGGGGAGUCCACGCCGGGCCUCGUGUAUCAGGCUCUGUCCAAGAGGAAAGAGGCGACAGGCUUUUUAGAGGAGGAAGUGCGCUAUCCCAAAGAGUCCUUAGCCAGCCUGGCUCACCUGGUGUUCGUUCAUCACCUGGCCGCUGACACCUUCCCCUGUGUCUUUAAUCCGGUGUUCUGUCUUCGGUGUAAUAUGGAUCACGUCAACCUCCUGCUGUCCAGAAGUGAAGAAUUCAGGAUUCAGAAAGGACUGGAGCUUUAUGAAAAUCGUCUUGUUCGUGUGGAGGAUAACAGUCUGCCUUCAGAGCUAUUGGAAAUCAAAACAUUCCUUACUGUACCUCAGAACUUAACCAAGGUCAUGACCAUAUGUCCAAGACAUGAUUUGAGAUCCAAAGCUUUGAAGGUGUUCCAGCUGAGCAUUGAGAAGUUCAAUCUUGAGGCCAAGUACAAUUUUUUCAAGUUUAUGCUGAAGAUGAGUAAUCACUCCGGCAUAGAAGGCUACAUCAUCAAAAACAUCAGAAGUCAGAUCGACGUUGCCCUGCGACCUGGCAACAGUAACAUCUGGUUUGAGGGGGUUCACCUGCUCCCUCUGCUGCGAUUUGUCUUCACUCUCCAAGACGGCCCGGAGACUGACCUCCUGCAGUAUCUGGACAGGGUCAUGGAGUCUCUGAACUUGCUGCGUUACCUCGUGAUAAGAGACAAAGUGACGGAGAACAGGACUGGAAUCUGGACAGAGCUACAGAAAAUAGAAGGUGUGUUCAUGAAGCCCCUGCGUAUUGGACUUAACAUGUCUAGAGCCCACUAUGAGAGGGAGCUCAGCACCACCCUGGAGAAGAACAAGAGAAAUGUCAAAGAGACAUCUGUGAUUUCCGUAUCUGUCGGUGACGAGAAGCUGCCAAACAUGACGUCGGAGUCUCAGAUUCAGGCCCUCCAUUCGGCCCUGCACACCUUCGACAUGAUGGAGAGCGUACUGGUACGAAUAGAGGAGCUCACGGAGGUGUGGGAAGUAGCUGAACCCAAGAGCAGGCCGAGGCUGAUGUAAAAUGAUGAACAGUUUAUUGAGCAAAGGUUAUGGAAGUGGUCCUGGAUGUGUUGACAGGCGGCACCGUGGACAGGUGGAAGGCAGUGGAUAGAACGGGGCUGGCAGGAAUGACGUGGAUCAGGAACACUGGGAACGAGGAGACUCAAGAGUUAACAAGGGAACGAUGACUCGAGUAGGUUACAUGAGUACGGUGGGCCGUGGUACCGCUAGGAGAGGCUGCAAUACUUUGGCGAGGAUUUCCGGGAACAGGCAGGCUUAAAUACCAGUGGUGAUGAGGGUUGAUUGGAGACAGGUGCGUGGCUUGAGGAGAAGCUGAAACAGAGAGGGGAGGGGGGAGAGAGGACGAGAGGGCGGAAAGCGCCAUCUAGGCUCCAAAACGGUACUGCAGUGCUGUACAUGGCAUUUUCUAUACAACACAGUGCUUUUUGUACUGUAAGUAAUGUUUUCUAUAUUUAAAUUAUGGUCAUUUGGAACAAUUCUGAAAGCAUGGGUGUGUUAAUGUGUAUGUCACAUCACUAUGCACAUAAGACAAUCAAUACAUCCCAGUCAGAAUGUUUUAUAUAUAUUUUUGAAUUUUAAUAGAGAAGUCUAUUAAGAUAUACAGGUUACUUUUCUUUUAGCAAAUAGCUGAACUAUUCCCUUAAAACAAAAUUUGGGGUAAAGAUGCAGAGUGAAAGACACUGACCCUUCUUUAGGCAGGGGUGGGAAAACCUUUGGGAUCAAGGGCAACAUUAGGCUUAAUAUGAACAGAUGAGCCGGCUCUUUUGUAGAUGAUUUGAUUUUUUUUUAAAAAAGCAUCGCAAAAUAUGUAAAAUUCCUAUUCAUUUUUGAUACUCUACCCUUCCUGUAUAUUUUAUUAUAAUUUAGUUAACCCGUUUUUAAUAAAAUAACCAUUUUGAUUAAAUCUAUAUUCCUAAUACUUUAUUAAUGACAAAUUUUAAAUCAGUGAACCAAUUAUUCAUUUGUGAUAAAUGACUAAAAAAAAAAAGAUUUUAAAAAAAAAACAUUGAAACUAUCCACUUUUAGGGGAGAAGUACUUCAGUUUUAUUAUAAUUUAGUUAUAACCAAUUAACCAAAUUAAUAAACUGAAACUCUUUGUUUCAAAGAUGUUAGCAAUAAAAACAAAUUAAAAACAGAAAAGGUAUAUAAAAAAAGGCAAAGCAGACAUUUUAGACAUGUUCAAAAGGGGAUUGAAGUAUAAAAUGUGUUAAAUUACGUUUUACUAAUUUUUUUAAUUAUAUACAAUAAAUCAGUGAACCAAAUGUACAAUUGAGAUAAAUUAAUACAAAAUAUAAAAUAAAUUUUAACUAAGCAAUUUUAGGGGGGAAACUAGCAAAAUUAAUGCAACAAAUAUUACAAGACUCUUGAUGUUUGGUGAGCUGGAUUAAGGAACAUAUACUAUAUGUAUAUACUUUGCCCACUCCUGUCUAUACAUAUACCAUUAGCUAUAGAGUCAUUAAAAAUGCAGAAUCAGAAUUUCUACCUUUACAAAUAAAACUCAGCUGAAAUUGACACUCUUUACCUUACUUACUCUUCUACAUCAUAGCUGCCAUUUAAAUGAGAAAGUGAAAAUUUCCAUGGAGGUCUACUUCUAUGCUAAUCUCUGUUGCAACCUCUGAUGACACUGUAGCCACUUUCGUCUUGAGAACAUCUUGUCGGAAGCCUCACUGAGUUCUGAGCGUCACAGAAUGUUAUCAACAGAGAUAACCAAAAGAGUCACAAAAAGGCAUUCAAAAGUUCAAGGAAGGUCAAAUGAAGUCCACCUUUAAAGGCUAUAGUGCAGAUUAGGUUCAUCUUGAAAUUCCACCCAAAAGUCGAAUAUCCCAAAGUUUUUGUGAAUAGUGUAAUGGUGGGGAUUUACAAGUGUUUGAAGAGCGGGUGCUCCAGGGCUUGUGCUGCUGUAAGUCUGGUAGUCGGGUUCAGAUCCAGUAGGCGGUCCAGGAGGUCGUAGGCCUCGUUGGGUACUGUAUCCCACCCCCGUUCAUCGUGGGCCAGGCAGUCCUUCCGUGAGGAGGGUUUUGGGGUUUUAUCCUGGCUUUUCGGGAACAGCGGCGGAGUCUCGCCUGCUUGGUUUUUAGGUCGUUCAUCCGAAGGUUUAGAAUCAAACUUGGACUUACUGAUCGACGUGACUUCUUCUGGUCUUUGUACUCUGAGCGUCUCACAGAGGAACCUUAGGUCCUGCCGGGGAAGUUCCCGACUGCACAACACCACCUUGCCUGGACAGAAUGGAUGAUGAUGAUUGUGGUGGAUCAAGCCACAAUUACAUUUAACAAUCAUACUGAUACGCACCGAAUUCCUUGGCAGCUCGUACAGUCUCUCUGGAACCUCGUAUCGUCAUAAUCUGAGUCAGAGCCACCAUGUCGUCAUUGGCUUUGAAGAACGGGUAGCGUCCACUGAGCAGCGAGAGCAAGGUGACGCCAGCUGACCACACGUCGAUAGCUGAGUAAAUGACCAAACACAUUUAUUUGAAAAACACAAAGGAACCUACAGCUACCAUACAAGGUGUUAAGGCUUCUUUAUCCUGCGCGCAGUUUGCCUUUUUACUCGAGCGCAACCCACGCGUGGUGUUUUGAAAAUGUACUGCAGUUCUCUUCCAAGUCGGAGGUGUCGCUACGGCUGGUGUUGGCUAGGACACCACAAGGUGGAGUUUCCCCUGCAUUUUUUGGUCAUUUCCGGUAGCCGUUUUUACUUCCGGAACAAAGCAACAACUACAGCGCCCGUGGAACAGUGUUUUUUGAUGGUUGUUUAUUGAUUAUGGUAAAAGAGAACAACAGUCAAAAAUGCUGUGCUUGUGCUUUUCGUAAUGGCCUAAUAUGCCACAAGAUGGCGCCAAAGCCGUGUCUAAAGUCGGUUUAGGGCAGCACGGUGAACGACUGGUUAGCACAUCUGCCCCACAGUUCUGAGGACCCGGAUUCAAAUCUGGCCUCGCCUGUGUGGACUUUGCAUGUUCUUCCCCUGCCUGUGUGGGUUUUCUCCAGGACAGUUAAUGCUUCACAGUCCCACUAUAUUGCAGAUUUUUUAUUUGUACAAUGGUGGAACAGUGGACGACUGGUCAGCACAUAUGCCUCAGAGAUCUGAGGACCAGGGUUCAAAUCCGGCCUCCCGUGAAGAGUUUGCAUGUUAUCCCCCGUGCCUGUGUGGCCUAUCUCCAGUUUCCUCCCACAUUCCAAAAACAUACAUGGUUGAUUAAUUGAAGACGCUAAAUUGCCCGUAGGUGUGAAUGG